UGCGAGUCGGUCCUAUGGGGCCUUGAGGAUACAGCCCCGGUGAGAGAGGGGGUUUCUGCUGGGGCGCAGAGCCGGUGGGAGGAUGGAGGGUCAGGCGGCUCCGGGCGCUGGCGGCGGCGAGGAGCCCCUGAGCUCUGGCAGGAUGAACCCGAAGCGAAGUGGGCGCGCCGCGGAAGAGGAGAGCCGGAUUACUGCUUCCCCAAAUAUUCAAAUAAAAACUUUGGCAGAUGAUGUGCGUGACAGAAUAACAAGCUUCAGAAAAUCAGCAGUGAAAAAAGAGAAGCCUCUCAUUCAGCAUCCUAUUGACUCUCAACCUUCUAUAAGUGAAAUCCCUCUUGCCCAGGUGCUUGUUGAUGAGCGUUGCAUGAACUUAUCAGAAAAAGAAGUUAUGGAUCUGUUUGAAAAAAUGAUGGAAGACAUGAAUCUAAAUGAAGAACGAAAAGCUCCUUUAAGAGAUAAAGACUUGACCACAAAACGUGAGAUGGUUGUCCAAUACAUUUCUGCAACUGCCAAAUCUAUAGUCGGAAGUAAAGUUCCGGGUGGACUGAAAAACAGCAAGCAUGAAUGCACACUGUCCUCGCAAGAAUAUAUUCAUGAAUUGCGAUCUGGAAUUUCAGAGGAAAAGCUCCUUAAUUGUCUAGAGUCUUUGAGAGUGUCUCUAACUAGCAAUCCAGUCAGCUGGGUUAACAAUUUUGGACAUGAAGGUCUUGGACUUCUAUUGGAUGUACUGGAAAAGCUUCUGGACAAGAAACAGCAGGAAAGUAUUGAUAAGAAGAAUCAACAUAAACUUAUCCAGUGCCUCAAAGCAUUUAUGAACAAUAAAUAUGGAUUGCAAAGGAUUCUAGGAGAUGAAAGAAGUCUCUUGCUGUUAUCAAGAGCAAUUGAUCCAAAGCAACCACACAUGAUGACUGAAACAGUGAAAAUACUUUCUGCUAUCUGCAUUGUUGGAGAGGAAAAUAUUCUGGACAAGCUUUUAGGUGCUAUCACAACUGCUGCUGAAAGGCACAAUAGGGAACGUUUUUCUCACAUUGUUGAAGGACUGGAAAACCAUGAAUUCUUACAACUGCAGGUAGCAUGUAUGCAGCUCAUCAAUGCCCUUGUUACAUCUCCAGAAGAUCUUGAUUUCAGGAUACACUUGAGAAAUGAGUUUUUACGUUGUGGCCUGAAGAAAAUAUUGCCUGGCUUGAAAGAUAAGGAUAAUGAAGAGCUUGAUAUUCAGCUGAAAGUGUUUGAUGAGAACAAAGAGGAAGAUUUAAUUGAACUGUCACAUCGUCUCAAUGAUAUCAGAGCUGAAAUGGAUGAUGUGAAUGAAGUAUUUCAUCUGCUGUACAAUAUGUUGAAAGAUACUUCUUCUGAAAAUUACUUCUUGUCAAUUCUCCAACAUUUCCUUCUCAUCAGGAGUGAUUACUAUGUCCGACCUCAGUAUUACAAGAUAAUAGAAGAGUGCGUAUCACAGAUAGUAUUGCACUGCAGCGGCAUGGAUCCAGAUUUUAAAUGUAGAGGAAGAAUGGAUGUGGAUUUUACUCAUCUUAUUGAUGCAUGUGUGGACAAGGCUAAAGUAGAAGAGAGUGAAAAGAAAGCAGCAGAAUUUUCCAGAAAGUUUGAUGAAGAGUUCACAGCUCGACAAGAGGCACAAGCGGAGCUUCAGAAACGAGAAGAGAAAAUCAAAGAACUUGAAACAGAAAUCAAACAGCUACGAACCCAGGGUCCAGGCCUGACAGGUAAACUGACAGAUGCAGCACCAUUACCUCCACCCCUACCAAGUGAGAAUGUGCCACCACCUCCAGCACCUCCACUACCUAGUGGAGCAAUACCUCCUCCUCCUCCACCGCCUCCGCUACCUGGUGGAGCAGCAGCUCCUCCUCCACCGCCUCCACUGCCUGGUGGAGCAAUACCACCUCCUCCUCCGCCCCCACCUCCGCUACCUGGUGGAGCAAUACCUCCGCCUCCUCCGUUGCCUGGUGGAGCAGCACCACCUCCUCCUCCUCCACCUCCUCCGCUACCUGGUGGAGCAGCACCUCCUCCACCUCCUCCGCUACCUGGUGGAGCAGCACCUCCUCCACCUCCUCCGCUACCUGGUGGAGCAGCACCUCCUCCACCACCACCGCCUUUUGGUGGGCCUCCAAUGCCACCAGCUCUUGGAGGUGUUCCUUUUGCUCCCUUUCCGGUGAUACCAGCGUUACCACAUGGGAUGAAGGAGAAGAAAAAGUAUAAGCUGGAAGUCACGAUGAAAAGAAUCAACUGGUCAAAGAUUGAGCCUCAAGAGAUAGCAGAAAACAGCUUUUGGGUAAAAGCUGAAGAAGAUAAAUUUGAAAACCCAGAACUGUUUGCAAAAUUGGCGCUUACCUUUGGAACACAAAUGAAAGCUAAAAAGACAGUAGAAGAAUCAGAAGAAAAGAAAAUAGUUCAGUCAAAGAAAAGGAUUAAAGAAUUAAGAAUUUUGGAUGGAAAAACUGCACAAAACUUAUCAAUAUUUUUGGGUUCUUUCCGUUUGCCUUAUGAAGAAAUAAAAAAUAUAAUUUUAGAGGUUGAUGAAGAGAAGCUGAGUGAAUCCUUGAUUCAGAACCUAGUGAAGAAUCUUCCUGAGCAGAAAGAACUCAAUGCCUUAGCCGAAUUAAAGGAUGAAUAUAAUGAUCUUGCUGAGCCAGAACAAUUUGGAGUUGUGAUGAGUUCUGUGAAAAUGUUGCGGUCACGUCUUAAUGGGAUCCUUUUCAGGCUUAUGUUUGAAGAGCACGUAAACAAUAUCAAACCUGACAUUAUGGCGGUUACACUAGCUUGUGAAGAGCUGAAGAAGAGCGAAAGCUUUAGUAAGCUUUUAGAGUUAGUGCUGUUCCUUGGAAACUACAUGAACUCUGGCUCCAGAAACGCACAGUCUCUUGGUUUUAACAUCAGUUUUCUUUGCAAGAUUCGAGAUACUAAAUCAUCAGAUCAGAAAACAACCUUAUUGCAUUUUCUGGCAGAAACGUGUGAGGAGAAUUACCGAGACAUCUUAAAAUUUCCGGAUGAACUGCAGCAUGUUGAGAGUGCAAGUAAAGUUUCAGCCCAGACUCUGAAGAGCAACCUUGAUUCAAUGAACCAUCAGAUCCAGCGCCUAGAAAAUGACAUUGAGAAUUUCCCUAAAACACAAGAUGAACAUGACAAGUUUGUAGAAAAGAUGAGCAGCUUUGCUGAGAGUGCCCGAGAACAAUAUGAAAAAUUGUCCAACAUGCACAACAACAUGACUAAAUUGUAUGAAAAUUUGGGAGAAUACUUCGCUUUUGAUCCCAAAGCAAUAACCAUAGAAGAAUUCUUUGGCGAUCUGAGCAACUUCAGAACUCUAUUUUUGGAGGCGUUAAAAGAAAACAACAAAAGAAGAGAAAUGGAGGAGAAAACGAAGAGAGCCAAAUUGGCAAAAGAGAAGGCUGAACGAGAGAAACUGGAGCGACAGAAGAAGAAGCAGCAGUUGAUUGAUAUGAACAAAGAGGGUGAUGAGACGGGAGUGAUGGAUAGUCUGCUUGAGGCCUUGCAGUCAGGAGCAGCAUUCAGAGAUCGCAGGAAACGAACACCAAGAGGACAGGAUAACAGAGGAGGAACUUUGGAAAGGUCUCGUUCUCGCCACAAUGGAACAAUUGCAGCUGUAUGAUUCUUCUGAUGCCAAAGAACUAGUGAAUUGUUUUAUUUACAAUUAAACAGUUAUACUUUGAAAAGAGUUUAUCAUACAUAUUGGCAAUGAUCAUACAGGAGUACUGGUAUUGAUUAAAUAAGAAGGUGUAUAAAUAUUAUGUAUUUGAAAAGCUAUUGCUAAAUAAUCCACAUACUGUAUCUUAUUACCCCAACUACCAAGAUCUGUAAACAGUGUUAAACAGUUUGAUAUAUAUCUUAUUUUCUUAUGUUCUUUCUCCCUCCCCCCCCCCCCCCCCUUUUUUUUUUUAAAGCUGGCAACUUACAUGAAAGGAGUUGGGGAUUUCUAGGUUAUGUUUUUAUAUGGGUAAGAAAAUAUAAAUUUGUUGAAAGAAUACAGCUGUGGAUUCCGUUUGCAGUUCUGAUUUGGACAUGAAAGGAAAAAAUAAUAAAAUUGUAUGUUAAUAAAUUCAGAGAUGAGCUGGUCUACAUUAUCAGAAUCUUUUUUGUAACCAUAAAAAAGCAAUGCAUAGCCCCAGUCAGGUUGCUGAAAAUCUUAUCUCAGUGUAAAGCCUGGUGGAUUCAGCUAUUUUGGCUGCAAGUAGGAUAUACCACAUAUCUACACUUUUGGUGAUAUGAUGAUGUAUAGUUACUUAUCACUGCUAAAAAAAAAAA